UGACUACGGGUGCCCGGCCGGCCCUUGCGGAAGUCCAUGCGCCGUUGGGAGGGACUCGGCGGCUGCUCUAUUGCCCUUGUUGCCGAGGGCCUUUUCCCGGGUCACUGCGGGAGCAGGAGUCGGACUGAGGCCGACACGGGGCUCCCACGUGGCCGUCUAGGCGCCUGUGUGUGGUCUGCGCUGGCGGGAUGUGGCGAGCACGCCGGGCGGCCGUGGCCUGUGAAGUCUGCCAAUCACUAGUGAAACACAGCUCUGGCAUACAAAGAAACUUCCCACUCCAAAAACUACAUCUGGUUUCACGAAGUAUUUAUCGUUCACAUCAUCCCGCCCUAAAGCUUCAAAGACCCCAAUUAAGGACAUCAUUUCAGCAGUUCUCUUCUCUGACUAACCUUUCUUUACAUAAAUUAAAACUGUCUCCGAUUAAAUAUGGCUACCAGCCCCGCAGGAACUUUUGGCCAGCAAGGUUAGCUGCAAGGCUCUUAAAACUUCGAUAUAUCAUACUGGGAUCUGCUGUUGGAGGUGGCUAUACAGCCAAAAAAACCUUCGAUGAGUGGAAAGAUAUGAUACCAGACCUUAGUGACUAUAAGUGGAUUGUGCCUGACUUUAUAUGGGAAAUUGAUGAGUAUAUUGAUUUGGAGAAAAUUAGAAAAGCCCUUCCCAGUUCGGAAGACCUUGCUAAGUUAGCACCCGACCUGGACAAGCUUGCUGAAAGCUUCAGCUUACUGAAGGAUUUCUUCACCACAGGUCACAAAUUGGUUAGUGAAGUCAUAGAAGCUUCUGGCCCACUUCUCUUGUUAGGGUCACCUGGAGAAACAGCAUUUCGAGCAACAGAUCAUGGAUCCGAAAGUGACAAGCAUUAUAGGAAGGGUCUGCUUGGUGAGCUCAUUCUCUUACAACAGCAAAUUCAAGAACACGAAGAGGAAGCACGCAGAGCCGCUGGCCAGUAUAGCACGAGCUAUGCCCACCAGAAGCGCAAGGUGUCAGACAAAGAGAAGAUUGACCAACUUCAAGAGGAACUUCUACAUACUCAGUUAAAGUAUCAGAGGAUCUUGGAGCGUUUGGAAAAGGAGAACAAAGAGCUGAGAAAAUUGGUACUGCAGAAGGAUGACAAAGGCAUCCAUCAUAGGAAACUUAAGAAAUCUUUGAUUGAUAUGUACUCUGAAGUUCUGGAUGUUCUCUCCGAUUACGAUGCCAGUUAUAAUACACAAGACCAUCUACCACGGGUGGUUGUGGUUGGAGAUCAGAGUGCUGGGAAAACAAGUGUGCUGGAAAUGAUUGCUCAGGCGCGGAUAUUCCCACGAGGCUCCGGGGAGAUGAUGACCCGUUCUCCAGUGAAGGUGACUCUCAGUGAAGGUCCUCACCAUGUGGCCUUGUUUAAAGAUAGCUCUCGGGAGUUUGACCUUACCAAGGAGGAAGACCUUGCGGCAUUAAGACAUGAAAUCGAACUCCGAAUGAGGAAAAAUGUGAAAGAAGGCUGUACCGUUAGCCCUGAGACCAUCUCUCUAAACGUCAAAGGUCCUGGGCUGCAGAGGAUGGUGCUUGUGGACCUACCCGGUGUGAUCAAUACUGUGACAUCAGGCAUGGCUCCUGACACAAAGGAAACUAUUUUCAGUAUCAGCAAAGCUUACAUGCAGAACCCUAAUGCCAUCAUCCUGUGUAUUCAGGAUGGAUCUGUAGAUGCUGAGCGCAGUAUUGUUACAGACUUGGUCAGUCAAAUGGAUCCUCAUGGAAGAAGAACCAUAUUUGUUUUGACCAAAGUAGACCUGGCAGAAAAAAAUGUAGCCAGUCCAAGCAGGAUACAACAGAUAAUUGAAGGCAAGCUCUUCCCAAUGAAAGCUCUGGGUUAUUUUGCUGUUGUAACAGGAAAAGGAAACAGCUCUGAAAGCAUCGAAGCUAUAAGGGAAUAUGAAGAAGAGUUUUUUCAGAACUCCAAACUCCUGAAGACGAGUAUGCUAAAGGCACAUCAGGUCACCACGAGAAAUCUCAGCCUUGCUGUGUCCGACUGCUUUUGGAAAAUGGUUCGCGAGUCAGUUGAACAACAGGCUGAUAGCUUCAAAGCCACACGUUUUAACCUGGAGACGGAGUGGAAGAAUAACUACCCUCGCCUGCGAGAGCUCGACAGGAAUGAACUAUUUGAAAAAGCUAAAAACGAGAUCCUUGAUGAAGUUAUCAGCCUGAGCCAGGUUACUCCAAAACACUGGGAGGAAAUCCUUCAGCAGACUCUGUGGGAAAGAGUGUCAACUCACGUGAUUGAGAACAUCUACCUUCCGGCCGCCCAGACCAUGAAUUCAGGAACAUUUAACACCACAGUGGACAUCAAGCUGAAGCAGUGGACUGACAAGCAGCUUCCUAAUAAAGCAGUAGAGGUGGCUUGGGAGACGCUCCAAGAGGAAUUUUCCCGCUUCAUGACGGAACCCAAAGGCAAGGAGCACGACGACAUAUUUGACAAACUCAAGGAGGCCGUGAAGGAGGAGAGCAUCAAGCGGCACAAAUGGAAUGACUUUGCAGAGGAUAGCUUGAGGGUCAUUCAGCACAAUGCUUUGGAAGACCGGUCCAUAUCAGACAAGCAGCAGUGGGAUGCAGCCAUUUACUUUAUGGAAGAGGCACUUCAAGCUCGGCUCAAGGAUACUGAGAAUGCUAUUGAAAACAUGGUAGGCCCAGACUGGAAGAAGCGGUGGUUGUACUGGAAGAGUCGGACCCAAGAACAGGGUGUUCACAAUGAAACCAAGAAUGAAUUGGAGAAGAUGCUGAAGUGUAAUGAGGAGCACCCAGCUUAUCUUGCAAGCGAUGAGAUUACCACAGUCCGGAAGAACCUGGAAUCUCGAGGAGUCGAAGUAGAUCCAAGUUUGAUUAAGGAUACUUGGCAUCAAGUUUAUAGAAGACAUUUCUUAAAAACAGCUCUAAAUCAUUGUAACCUUUGUCGAAGAGGGUUUUAUUACUACCAGAGGCAUUUUAUAGAUUCUGAGCUGGAAUGCAAUGAUGUGGUCCUGUUCUGGCGAAUACAGCGUAUGCUGGCUAUCACUGCCAAUACAUUAAGACAGCAGCUUACAAACACUGAAGUUAGGCGACUAGAGAAAAACGUUAAAGAGGUAUUAGAAGACUUUGCUGAAGACGGGGAGAAGAAGAUUAAAUUGCUAACCGGCAAACGGGUUCAGCUGGCUGAAGACCUCAAGAAAGUUAGAGAAAUUCAAGAAAAACUUGAUGCUUUCAUUGAAGCUCUUCACCAGGAGAAGUAGACUGUACUACAAUCCUGCUCAUAAUCACCUCUGCAUACAUUCGAAGAAGGAAAACUUCAGAGUCUUUGUCCUGCCUCCUUUCUCCUGUUCUACCUUUUCAAUGCAAAAUAAAGUCAUAGGGUAAAAAUAA